AUGGCUGAGGCCAGGCGUCAACUCUCCGACACCACCUCCUACCGUCCUCUGGCAAAUGACCCCACCCUGGAGCACCAAGCCAUCAUCUCCCAAACUAUCGGUGACCUCAACACCUCAGACCGGGGCACGGCUCUUGAGGUCAAUGUCCCAAAACGAGACAUUGGUCGGGAAAUCCAAAUGGACAUGGGUCUCAAUUCGGCCGCUUACCUCUUCACCCAAAGCAGCCAGGCUGAUGACUUGGCCAGAGCCCAGCUGGAGAAGGACAGAAGAGCCAAUCAAGUCUUUGAUAAUGCUUGGAGGAAAGCGAACAGUUGUAUGGCCCACAGUGUCAUACCAAGAGGGUUGACAAAGGAUCACAUUCAUGCAGUUUACACUUACACAGCCAGUUACAUCGAAGACGGCCAGUUCUACAAGGUAUUCAAUGAGGCGGUCCGAGAGUAUGGAGCCAAUGACACUGUCUAUGCCCGGGAUUUCAAGUUCAAGAGUUUCCAUUAUUUGUUGACAGUGGCCUUGGAACAACUGAGAAAGGACAGGCCUCACCCGAGGGGACUGACUUACAGAGGGGUCAGGUUAUCAACGAAUGCCCCGCAGGCAUCACAUGUCAGAUUUGGAUUCUUUGUUUCUUCGUCACUGAGUCAAAGAAUUGCCCUCAAUUUCACAAAUCUGUCCUCAAAUCACAACACCUGGUUUCAAAUCGACUCCAAGUGUGGGGUCCCAAUCAUGGACUACUCCUGCUUCCCUGAGGAGAUGGAGGUUUUGAUCCCCCCCUACGAGGUGUUCCGGGUGAAUUCGGUGACUCCCUGGAACUCUGGCACCAACAUCACCCUCACAGGGGAGGGUAAGCUGGGGGUCGCCGUGCAGUUGAAAAGGGGCAAAAAUGGCAGCCUGGUGGUGGUACGGUGCUAG